UUCUCUUUGCCUCAACAGACCGGCAUGGUUGCCAGAUAGUGGGGCUGCAGUCUGAUAUCAGGAUGUUCUCUGGAGGACUGCGAGCAGCCGUGUGGAAGGCUGCUGCCGUGGUCGGCUAUGCUGUGCAGUACGGCUGCAUCGCUCACUGCACCCUGGAGUACGCAGCUGAUUUUAUUGUGUGUUCAGGCCCCUCCAUGGAGCCGACCAUCCACACCCAGGACGUCCUCAUCACAGAGAAGUUCAGUGUCAUGAUGAAGACUGUGAAUGUGGGUGAUGUAGUGAUCGCCAGAUCCCCCACCAACCCAAACAUCUUCAUCUGUAAGAGAGUGGCGGGUUUGGAGGGGGACAAGGUCUGCCUCAAUCCUGGGUCCUUCAUCAAGAAGUACAGAUGGGUUCCUCGCGGUCACGUGUGGUUGGUUGGAGACAACAUGGGGAACUCCAGCGACUCUCGUGUGUAUGGGCCCGUACCGUACGCGCUGCUCAGGAGCAAGGUCGUUUUCAAGGUGUGGCCCCCCGGAGAUUCCGGCAGCCUGAGAGGUCCUCCCCAGGAGAUGCUGCAGGUCCUCAGAACCAUGAAAGACACGGGCAGAUGACAAGAGCUUCCGGUGUACUCAUACAGGGAAGGAAGGGG